AUGAUUACAUUUUUUGAAGGCCUAUCAAAACUGCAAUACAGUGGCAAUCAAUUCCUUGAGCGACAAAUCCACAGAACUAUUGUUCAUUAUUUACCCCUAUUUCCCAAUCAAUUCAAUUUUUUAAUGAAUGAGUUUGAAAACAGAAAUGUUGGCCACGAUUGGCGCAAAUGCUUGUUUCAAACUGUGGUCAAUAUGUUUACUCCCAGAUCUGAAACCAGUUUAAACCCAAAUCUUAUCCAAGCAAUCAAUUCCUUGAGCGACAAAUCCACAGAACUAUUUGACGAUCAAUUGAUCCAAAUCUUAAGUCUAACACUCGAAAGGAUUUUCAUAGAUUUCAAAAUCAAAGAGAACUUUUUGGUUCUCAUCGCUUCUAUACUUAAGAUAUUUUCUCAACAAAACGCCCAAAAAUCUCAAGUGAAGCCAUUGUUUGAUGUGUUGAAGUUUGUGACCAAAUGUUGUCCUCAUCUCUUCCACGACAUCAUCGGACAAAUCAAUAGAAGUAUUGAAUCGAUUGAAACCAAGAGAAACCUCGGGACAGACUUUACGUUAAGAAGUCAUUUGCGAGAGUUUGCGAACCAAAGCAUUCAAACCAAUUGAUUGACAAUUCAUGUCAAUUAUCACAUGAAUUGCGC